AAAAGGCGACGCAGCUAAGCCAUUAUGUUAAUGCAUGUGUCGUUUCCGCCACAAUCGCACACCUUGCACGUGCCACCACACCAUCGUCGCCGGAGCAACGACCGUCGUAUUGAAAUUACAGCUCUGAGCAAGCAAGGACAGCGCUUCUUCUCUUCUCUUGCAGCCACCGCCGUCAUCGGAGGAGACGAAAACCGUGUGAUAAAGAAAUUCGUCGCGGCGUCACCGAAAUCCAUUGCAUUGGAAGCGCUUUCGACUCUGCUUUCUCCCGAGUCUUCUCAUCUCCGAAUCUCGGGUCUCGCUCUGCCUCUUUACUUGAAGAUCACUGAAGCUUCAUGGUUCGAGUGGAACCCGAAGCUGGUUGCAAAUCUGGCAGCUUCGCUGGAUAAACAAGGGCAAUGCGAUGAAUCAGAGUCAUUAAUCUCCGACUCCAUUGCCAAAUUACAGAGCCGAGAAAGGGAGCUUGCUCUGUUUUACUGCGAGUUGGUCACUUCGCACUCCAAACACGGAUCCAAUCGAGGAUUCGAUUGCUCUCUAGCUCGUUUGGAUCAGCUCCUCCGCAGUUCAAGCUCCGUUUAUGUGAAGAAGCAGGGCUACAAAGCAAUGGUGAGCGGGUUAGCCGAAAUGGGCAGAGUAAAAGAAGCAGAAGAAUUGAUCGAGGAGAUGAGAGGGAAAGGAAUCAGGCCGUCACAGUUUGAGUUCAGAUGCGUACUUUAUGCGUAUGGAAAAUCCGGAAUGUUUGCAGACAUGCAGAGGAUAGUUGGGAAGAUGGAAACGGAAGGAAUCGAAGUCGACACAGUCUCUUCAAACAUGAUCCUUUCGUCCUUUGGAGCUCGCAGUGCGCUCCCUGAAAUGGCUACAUGGCUGCAAAAGAUGAGAACUUUACGAAUUCCAUGUUCAAUAAGGACUUACAAUUCAGUGUUGAACUCCUGCCCGACGAUCACGUCGAUGCUGCAGAGCUCGGCCAGCUCUAAUGCCUUCCCAAUUUCCAUCCAAGAAUUUGUGAAUAAUGUGACAGAAGCAGAGGCAGUUUUGGUUGGACAUUUGGUGGGAUCAGAGGUGCUGAACGAGGCAAUGAGCUGGAAUGCUUCAGAAGCUAAACUAGAUUUGCACGGAAUGCACUCAAGCUCGGCCUAUGUUAUAAUAUUGCAGUGGAUGGAUGAGUUGAGAGAGAGAUUCAGCAGCGGAGAUGGAGUGAUUCCAGCAGAGGUGGUGGUGGUAUGUGGGUCGGGGAAACACAGCAGUGUUAGAGGGCAGUCACCAGUUAAACGACUGGUGAAAGAGAUUGUGGUUCGGACUGGAAGUCCGUUGAGAAUUGACAGGAAGAACAAAGGUUGCUUUAUUGCUAAAGGGAAAGUGGUCAAGGAAUGGUUAUGUUAAUGCUAAUGAGAAAGCAAAAACAUCUUACAGAACACGAGGAAUGAAAGCAUAUCCAUGAUUCAUGCUCAGUAAGUUCUUUGCAUUUCAUUGAAGAGAACAAAGAAGGGCUGCUUAA